CGUAGGCUCGUUUCACACCACGCGCAUAGCGUCAUAUUGUGUCCAAUGCGUUAUCAAACCGACGCUGUCCUCGUUAGGGUGAGCAGCAUUCUAAAGCACCCGCUUGCAUGCUGAAGAGAUACCACCUGCGAGAUACAGAGGUCCCGCUACCGGGUGAACUAUCAUUACGUGACAGGAGGGGCGUCACCGUAAGGAGGCAGUACUGGGCACUGAUCUCAAGACUAAAGUGACAAGAGUAUGACUAAAAUGCUGUGACGAAAGGAAAGCUGACUCAUGUUUUAAAAAACCAAGUCAAAUCUAUGUAGUAAUACUGAUGAUGAGUGUACGUGAAGCCUUAGGCUGUAAUCUCCACAAGGGUUUUUCGUCAAGAUCAAAGCUUUCCCGUACUCUUCACGAAGGGUUUCCGAAUGACGACGCAGCAAAAAGAUCCGACGAUGAGAAGCACAGAUACGAAACUAGUAAGAGAUCUUGUUCUGAAGUAAAAAAAACUAGCAGCCAAGACUCCUGUUACAACCCCUGUCAGAGAUAAAACGCUUUAUAUAGUUUCUUCUGUGCAUGGAUCGUUGUAGUCAAAACCUGGAAAUUUAAAUUUCGAUUGAUCGAGUUUGUGAGUGAUUUCGGUCUAGGAAAAAAUUCAAGGCAUUGCAAUGCACUUUUUCUUCGCCAAUUGGCUGCUCAGGUUUCCAUAUGAUCCUUCAGAUAAGAGGCCAGCGUGCUAGUUUGCCAAACGCAACUAGUCCGAGAUGGAGAUCGUCGGUGAUAUUUUGUUAGAAA